UUUGCUUUACUUUGAGAACACCUUCUGCUCAGGCCUCUCAUGUGCUACUGGUAAGGGGAGGCACACUACACUGUGAGUGAGAGAGUCAAUGUGUUUGUGAGUGAACAGGAUGCCCAGAAGGACUGUGUCAGUUCCCCAUCCCAACGGGGAUCCGACUUCAGGUAAUUAUGGAAAGAAAUGCCCUCUCGAAUCAAAUGGAGACCCCCACGCUGGAGCCCCCGAGGAGAAGGUGGAAUUGGGAAAGAAGGUGACCCUGCUCCGAGGAAUCUCUAUCAUCGUCGGGACGAUCAUUGGAGCGGGAAUAUUCAUCUCUCCGAAGGGAAUUCUGAAGAACUCUGGCAGUGUGGGAAUGUCACUGGUGGUGUGGAUUGCCUGUGGGAUUCUCUCUCUUUUUGGUGCUCUAUCAUAUGCUGAGCUGGGUACCUGUAUUAAAAAGUCUGGUGGCCAUUACACAUACAUUCUGGAGGCGUUUGGUCCGCAAGUGGCUUUUGUGCGAUUGUGGGUUGACAUGAUUGCCAUAAGACCUGCAGGUUUUGCUGUGACCGCUCUGGCAUUUGGCCGCUAUAUUUUAGAGCCCAUCUUCAUGCCAUGUGGAGUUCCUGAGACUGCCGUUAAAUUGGCCACAGCAAUCGGAUUCACCAUGGCAAUGUAUCUAAACAGCAUGAGUGUAACCUGGACUGCCAGAAUCCAGAUCUUCCUCACAUUCAGCAAGCUGCUCGCCUUCGUCAUUAUCAUUGUUCCAGGAUUAUACCUACUCUUCAAAGGGGAGACCAAAAACUUUGAGAAUGCAUUUGAGGUCAACACAGUAGACUUAUCAGGACUUCCCCUUGCCUUCUACGCAGGAAUGUACGCCUAUGCCGGCUGGUUUUACUUGAAUUUUGUGACUGAGGAGGUGGAGAAUCCUGAGAGGACAGUGCCUCUUGCCAUAUGCAUCUCCAUGGUGAUAGUAACGAUCUGUUACACACUGGUAAACGUGGCAUAUUACACCGUGAUGUCAGCGGAAGAGCUGUUAGCCUCCAAUGCCGUAGCUGUGACUUUUGCAGAGAAGCUGAUGGGAGACUUCUCAGUAGCAGUUCCCGUUUUUGUAGCUCUGUCUUGCUUUGGGUCCAUGAAUGGAAGCAUAUUUGCCAUCUCAAGAAUGUUCUAUGUCGCCUCUCGAGAAGGUCAGCUUCCUGAAGUUCUCUCUAUGAUUCACAUACACCGACACACGCCAUUACCUGCUGUGAUUGUCCUGUAUCCGAUCACACUACUGAUCCUCUUCCUAGGGGACAUCUACAGCCUGCUGAACUUCAUGAGCUUCCUACGCUGGCUCUUCAUCGGGGUGGCAGUGGUCGGCCUCAUCUACAUGCGAUACACACGCCCCGAUAUGCCUCGACCUUUUAAGGUCCCCAUUAUAAUUCCUACUGUUUUCUCCUUCGCCUGUUUCUUCAUGGUCUUCCUUUCUCUAUAUUCGGAUCCAAUUAAUACUGGGAUUGGCUUCGCCAUCUCUCUCACUGGCAUCCCUGCAUACUACAUAUUCAUCUACACCGAAAGAAAACCCAAAUGGUUCCAGAAAUUCUCAGACUCAGUGAACAGAUCACUACAGAUCAUCCUACAGGUGGUUCCUGCAGAGCACUGACCGCUAUCCUUUUUUUUUCUUUGCAUGUGUGACUGUGUCUGAACAGUAUCUAUAGUAGUUCUCUCACAACCAAAGUGUGUUCUGAUUGACAGCAGGGAGAAAACAAUACUAAAUCCAAAUAAUAUAAUCAACUGAAGCAAUGCCAGUUGAGACCUAUUUCUGUCUUACAUCCAAAAAUGAGCAAAAACAAUCUCUGAAAUGUCUCUGCCUCAGUCCACCUGAGAGAGAGAUGCAACACUGUCAUUUCAAAAUAUUCAUCUUCCAAUGCUGUGAAGAACCUAACAUGAGUGACAUAAAGUCCAUGCAUAUCACCUGUGGUGUUUUAGAACCGUGCUCACUUAUUCAAUUUUCACGGCUAUAUUUUUAUACACGUCAACGUCACAGACGCCAUAAGUGAUUCCACUCCAUGAAGGGUGACUCAAGAAUGGGUUCAGACCGGGAUUUGGACAUAAUGUUACACUCUCCUCAAUGGCUGAGGUAAUUGAAAUUGUGUUAUACUGACAUGACUGUACACACUGAAUAAUGGCUAUCUUGUAGGGUCUGACCAAUAGGUUAUUUAUGACAUCUCACAUACACCACAGUGACAUUUAUCUAUUACGCUACACUGGAUAAUCUGGUAUUCUUAUUGCCUAUAGUGCUACAGUAUUUUAUUGUACCAUGCAGGAGAAUUCCACAGUGCACUAAUUUAUGUUUAUUAAACCAUUAGACAUCUUAAAUACCCAAUUCAGCUUGAGAAGUGAUUAUAUUUAUUCCCAAAUGAAUUGCCACUAUAGUAAUGAUUUUGCACAUUAACAUUGUGUUUGAAUAAUGAAUUACACACAUAAUCAAGUAGGCAGGUGCCCUACUAUAGAAUAUGUGCCUGUUUAAAGGGAUACUCCACUGUUGUUGUUGUUUUUUUAUAUAUAUUAAACUGUUAUUCCUAAAAUGUUGAGUUGAGACAUAUCUCUCUAGUCUCAGUGCGUGCACUAAAUCUAUCUGUCUUUCACCGAAAAUCUGUUGGCACUUAGUUCAACCCAGUUCAUUCAUUAGGAUCCAAAGAGAGAAGCGACCAAACACCUCCACGUUUUUAACCACAUUUAACCCUCAGAUUAUCUUCAUUUGCAUCUACACUAGUUAUCAUUGGGGUCUCCAGGGACCACAGAUAAUAACAUUUAAUUUUGUAACAGAAUAAAAGUUUUUUCUUUUCAACAUUAUUAUUAUUUUACACAUUUUAAAAAAUGUAUUAAUGUUUUUACUCAACAUUUGUACAGUUUUUGGAGGAUUUAUGAUAUCUAUUCAAUUUCUAUAAAUAAAUACAGAAUUAUUUACUUAAAUACGCUUUUUACAAAAACAAAAACAAAAAACAAAACUGUUUUUAUGUAAAAUUACCUAUAUAAAAGACCCACAUUUUAAACUUUAAUUCAUGGAGAUAACAUGGAUAAUUUUACAUGGUUUAAUGGAAAAUACAGAUUUCCAGAAAAAAACAAAAAAACAAAAAAAACAAGGUCUUUAACCACUAGAUGGCUGUAUGCUAUUUUUGACUAAUCAAAAUAUAUCUUUUCACAAGUUUUUCCAGUUGGAUUUAUAUCUAAAUAUUAUAAAAUCACUAUAACAAAAAAAAAAAAGUCAAAGUUUAGUAUUUGUUGUAC